UGUACCACACUGUGGCGAUCUGCUGCUGUCUGUACGCGACGCGACGCUGAGUUCAGUAUGGCGAAUUUAGAGUCAUUUGUCGUUAAUUUGUUGUAGCAGUUGGAGGCCUAGUUUGUAACUUCAGCAGAGAUAUCACAAAGAUAAAUGUGCAACUCCAGUAACUCGGUUGAUUGAUGUUUGCAUGUGUUCAAGAUGCCCCUGCCAGUGCAGUCUACCACCCAGUCAACAGAUGCUGUCACAACGAUUAAUAAGUACAGACAAUAUGUAACAAUACUAGCAGAUCCGUCAAGCCAUACGGCUGAAGCCAGGUUAAAGGCGGCUCAGGAGAUUAGUGAGAAUUUUGAAGUCAUUAUAUCCUCCCCUCAUUACCCAACAUUCCUGGAAACGGCCAUCCCACGAUUCGUCAGGGUACUGAAGGAUGAGAGCCCGGUGUUUAUUGCUGAGUCACAAAUACAGCAACUCAGAAAACUUCUUCUGGAAAUCAUCCAUCGAAUUCCUACAAAUGAUCACCUGCGAGUCUAUGUCCCUCAGGUUUUGGAGCUCAUGUUUUUUUUACUUGACCGUGAAAAUGAGGAGAACGUUUUAGUGUGCUUGCGUGUUAUUAUUGAACUUCAUAAACAAUUUAGACCUCAUAUGGCACCAGAGAAAACAUUAGAAGGAUUGCCAAUCUCCCCAACUCCUGAUGCUCUGAACAUUCAAUUGUACGUUGAGAGACCCGGCUUUGCCACUCAAGUAGUCAUCACAAUCAACCAAUCAGAUGGCUCCAAGGUUCAGCAAACAAUACUGCCACGGGGUAUAAACUCCUUGAAAGUAUUGGCAGAAUAUCCCAUCAUUGUAGUGCUUAUGUAUCAGCUUUAUAAACAAACUGUACACAGUGUUGUUGCAGAGUUCAUUCCCCUGAUCAUGAACACCAUAGUCCUACAACCAAGUCAACAAGCAAGAUCUUCGGCCCAUUUCAACAAGGAAAUGUAUGUUGAUUUUGUCGCAGCCCAAAUCAAGACACUAUCAUUCCUAGCCUACAUUAUCAAGAUAUACCAAGAAUUGGUGAAUUCUUGUGCUCCGCAAAUGGUGAAAGGAAUCCUGGGAUUGUUUCAACAUUGCCCGAGUGAGGUUGCCCAUUUAAGGAAAGAGCUUCUGAUAGCAGUGCGGCACAUUCUGGCAACCGAUCUUCGUAACAGAUUUGUCCCUUCAAUUGAUAAAUUGUUUGAAGAGAGUGUGUUGGUUGGAAGUGGAUGGACUAGCAAAGAGUCUCUCCGGCCUCUUGCUUAUAGCACUUUGGCGGAUCUCGUACAUCAUGUCCGUCAGCAUCUUCCACUGCAACACCUAUCCCUAGCUGUGCAUCUGUUCUCCAAGAAUGUUCACGAUGAGUCACUGCCGUGUAGUAUACAGACAAUGUCCUGUAAGCUACUCUUAAACCUAGUGGAUUGUAUCCGGACCAAGUCCGAACAAGAACACGGCAAUGGAAGAGAAAUCUUGAUGAGGAUGUUGGAAGUAUUUGUGCUCAAAUUUCACACCAUUGCCAAAAAUCAACUACCUCCUAUUUUUAAGAAAGUAAGAAGUCAGGCAAACAGUUCCAGUACGACAGAAAAAACUGUUAACUUAUCGUUAGGGGUGACAUCUACUCAAGGAACCUCAUCAGAAUCAAACUCAACCACUGUUGUUGUGCCGUCAACUCCCUCUUCGACUGCUCCUCCCACUCCGGGACUACCUCAGUCAAACCUCUUCCAGUCUACAUCAGGUGGUAAUGGUGCAACCACUCCAGGUGUAACUGUCCCAGGUACGCCGUUGCUUGGAAGCGAUAAAGAUAAAGAUAAGGAAAUCAAAGAGGAGGUGAAACCAAAGACAUACUUACCAACAAAUUCAGCACAACACAACAACUACACUGUGACAGACUGUCGCAAUCUAGUGAAGACGGUCAUCUGUGGGGUCAAGACAAUCACAUGGGGUGUCAGCUCUUGCAAAUCUGGAGGAGCUGAAACCAGUUUUGCAGCUCAAAAUAAACAAUUCCACCCAAAAGAAACAGCAGUGUUUGUCAAGUUGGUGAAAUAUGCACUACAGGCACUUGAUAUAUAUCAGAUUCAAGUGUCAGCUACAGGUCAGCUAGGAGUGAGGCCAGCUAACACACAAAGUGUGCGCUUAAAAGAAGAAAAGGAAGUCCUUGAACACUUCGCUGGGGUGUUCACCAUGAUGCAUCCAUUAACAUUCAAGGAAAUCUACACUACUACCAUCGACUUUGUUGUAGAACGUAUCCAUCAGAACUUCCCGCUUCAGAUUGUUGCCAAUGCGUUUCUUGCAAAUCCGACCACGUCUGCAACAUUUGCGACGAUUCUAGUGGAGUAUCUGCUGAAUAGAUUAGAGGAAAUGGGCACUAACUUGGAACGCUCCAACUUGUACUUGAAACUGUUCAAGCUUGUCUUUGGCUCAGUCUCUCUAUUUGCUGCUGAAAAUGAGCAGAUGCUGAAGCCGCACCUUCAUAAAAUAGUCAACCGUUCCAUGGAACUUGCAACAACAGCCAAAGAGCCAUACAACUACUUUCUGCUUUUGAGGGCGCUGUUUAGGUCAAUAGGUGGCGGUAGUCAUGAUCAACUUUAUCAGGAAUUCCUUCCUCUUCUACCAAACCUCCUACAAGGUUUGAACCAACUUCAAAGUGGUCUACACAAACAGCACAUGAAAGAUCUAUUUGUUGAACUUUGCCUUACUGUGCCAGUCCGUUUGAGUUCCCUGCUGCCGUAUCUUCCCAUGUUAAUGGACCCUCUAGUGUCAGCUUUAAAUGGAUCCCAGACACUUGUUAGCCAGGGUCUACGUACAUUGGAGCUGUGUGUUGACAAUCUUCAACCUGACUUUUUAUAUGAACAUAUUCAGCCUGUAAGAGCUGAACUGAUGCAGGCGAUAUGGCGAACCCUUAGAAAUCGCAAUGACAGCAUUGCUCAGGUUGCAUUCAGAGUGCUUGGGAAAUUUGGUGGAGGCAAUCGAAAGAUGUUGAAAGAACCACAGAAGCUGAAUUACAGGAGUGAGGACACGGAUGGGCCCUGCAUUGUCAUUUAUUUUCAGGAUCACAAGAUACCAAUUUAUCUUAAGGUUUCCAAGAUCAUUGAAUCAGCUCUGGAUGCGUUAAAGUCACCAUCUACUGAUGCCUUCUACCGUAAACAAGCCUGGGAGGUUGUCCGACAUUUUCUUGUCUCUAUGAUAAUGUUGGACGAUAAUAGACAAAUGGUUCAACAGUUGCUUUCGCAUUCAGCGUUCACACGAGGCGAGAUCCCAAGGUCCAGCCAGCCGAUGUACAAGUGUUCUGAUACAUUAUCAAGGAAGGCGUGUGAACAGGCAUUGACUGCUAUGAUAGUUGCCUCUACAAUCAAAGAUCUCCGUACAAGUGCUCUACCUUUCAUGGUCAACCUUGUGUGCCAUUUCACUUUUGUGUCCAUCACGCAGCAGGCUGGACCAUUGCCGAUAUCCAACCGCUACAAAGUCCAGAAGGGGAUGGAUCCCCAUGUUAUCAUCGAUGCGAUUGCAACUUGCAUGGCACACACAGAGAAAGAACUUUGCAAAACAAGUCAAGUUGCUUUGACCUUCAUGAUUGACACUGCAACUAGCGUGCUGGGGUCAAAAGAGAGGGCCUGCAGCUUACCAAUCUUUGAUUACUUGGUGGAGAAGAUGUGUGGAUGCUGUUACGAAAGAGCUUGGUAUGCAAAACUUGGGGGCUGCAUAGCAAUCAAAUUUAUGAUGGAAAAGAUGUCCACCAUAUGGGUUUUCAACCACCUCUACCAGUUUCUGAAAGCCAUUUUCUUUGUAAUGAUGGACCUAACCAAAGAGGUAUCAAGUGGAGCUCUUGACCAUGCUAAGACUGACCUUGAAGCCCUGUUACAAAUCUGUGCUUCGGACCUUUCAGAAGAAGACGCGAAAGAUCCAAACACAGUGGAAGCAAAGAAGAAGGCUUUCCGUGAUGUCACAAAGGAGCUUGUACGAGAAGCAACUUCGCCUAAUCAGACAGUGCGAGAGCAGGCCAUGAAUUCAUUGAGGCAGAUAGCAGUGAUAACUGGUAAAAGUGUGACAGACAUCAUGGAUCCUCAUAAAGAAGUUCUGGCUGACAUGAUUCCUCCGAAGAAGCACCUGCUACGACAUCAACCGGCCAAUGCCCAGAUGGGUCUGAUGGAUGGUAACACCUUCUGUACAACAUUACAACCGAGACUCUUCACUAUUAACUUGGAAAUAAUGGAACACAAAGUCUUUUUUACUGAGUUGAUGAAUCUUUGUGAAGCUGAAGAUGCCGUUCUUAGCAAGUUGCCAUGCUACAAGUCUGUAACGUCCUUGAUUCCAUUGAGAAUCGGUGCUCUGAAGGCCCUAGCUGCAUGUUUCUACAUACCCCAAGUCCGUGAGAAGAUCUUCAAUACAUUGUAUAAAGCCUUAAAUUCCUCAAAUCCAGAAUUGCAAGAAGCUGGAACUGAGUGUAUGAAGAAGUUUAUUGCUGGACAUCCGGUUGACAUGGAGUUGGUGCGUUCCAAUGUGCGCCCUCUAUUGUCCUUAAUGGGUGAUCAUCGAAGUUUGAACCUGAACGUUAUAAAACGUUUACAUAGCCUCACUCAACUCUUCCCUAAUGCAUUCAACGAAAAGCUAUGUGAGCAGUUGUUGGCACACCUAAAAAAAUGGCUGGAAGUUUCAAUCAUUGCCAUGAAAGGUGGGAAUACACGAACAAAUGCACAGAGCAUCAAGAUUUGCUCAGCCAUAUUGAAUAUGUUCCAUACAACAGCAGCAGCAUCACUGAAACUACUGGAGCCGCUUGUGAUAUUAACAAUCAGAGCAGAGAAAGUUCUCAUGAUGGAGAUUGGAAGUCCCCUACGUAAACCAUUGAUCAAAUACCUUGUGAGAUAUCCACAGCAGACUGUUGACUUCUUUCUACAUGAAAACAACCUCAAGGAACAGCAGUACAACAAACUAUUUGCACACAUGUUGAAGCAAGGAGAGGCUGUAGAGUUGCGUAAGGUUGUUCAAAGUAACCAAGCCAAGUUGGUUAAUUUAGCUUUUGCCAAGACUCAGCCAACUGCACGGCCAAACAGUCCAAAUAGUUUGACCCGACUGGAGCUGCAGUACCAAACCAUACUUAUCAUCAGUAUUCUGGUCAAAUACAGUCCUGAUUGGCUGCCUAAGCAGCCAGUCUUAGCCAAUCAUCUGAAGCGAAUCUGGACAUCCGAUCAAUUCCAAGAGCGCCAUCGUGUGGACAAUGUAGGAGUUAUUCACUGGAAUGAACCUAAACUCUUGGUCAAGUGCCUACUCAAUUACAUAGAGCAUCAUGCAGAGGAUAUUGAACUGUUGUUUCAACUUCUCCGUGUCUUCACAAAUCGCUACCUUCCAAACUUUGUCUUCUUCAGGAACUUUCUUGAGGAUAAGGUUGCGCAGGGUUAUUCUGUAAAUCAGAAACGCCAAGUUUUCUUGAAGUUUGUUGAGCUGUUCCAUGACCAAAACUUCCCUCAGAUAUUGAAGGGGAAAGCUCUCCAGUUUAUCAUCAUUCCGAUGUUUGCAGCUUCAUUUGACAAGAAAGAAGGAGAAGAGCUGAUUGGUGGGCCUCCUAACCCAAGUGGUAGCAACCCGAAUAAUCUGGUCAACAUCUUUAUUGAGAAGGUUAUUGAUCCCGACAAUCCUUAUGGAACGUCUGAUUCCACACGGAUCUUGCUACUUCAGUUUGCUGCAUUGCUAGUUGAACAUGCUGCACCUCAUAUACAUGAUGCUGCUGAUCGGAAACAAGGAAGUAAACUGCGUCGUUUAAUGACGUUUGCAUGGCCGUGUUUAAUCCACAAGAACUGUGUAGAUCCUGCAACUAAGUACCAUGGCCACCUACUUCUAUCUCAUAUCAUUGCCAAGUUUGCCAUCCACAAACGAAUUGUUCUCCAGGUGUUUCACAGUCUAUUGAAGGCCCAUGCUCCAGAGGCUCGCUCCGUAGUACGUCAAGCUCUGGAGAUUCUGACCCCGGCUCUACCGACUAGGAUGGAAGAGGGCAACACUAUGUUGACCCACUGGACCAAGAAGAUCAUUGUAGAGGAGGGACACACAGUAGCUCAGCUUGUUCAUAUGCUCCAACUGCUUGUGAAGCAUUUCAAAGUAUAUUACCCUGUUCGACAUCAUCUCAUUCAAAAUAUGGUGAACUCAGUUCAAAGGUUAGGGUUCACUCCCAAUGCUACUUUAGAGCAUCGUAAGCUAGCAGUUGACCUUGCAGAGGUCAUCAUCAAAUGGGAAGUGAGACGGAUCAAAGAACAUGAUACCAAUACAGAGACUAUGCCUGUAGCAGCAGAAACUGGAACACCUGCAGGAGCUGCAGCAUCAACAUCAGCAACUGCAGUAGCAGGAGCAGGGGCCUUGAAAAGACCAGCAUCGCUAGAUUCCGCCCCAGAUCCUAAACGUGUCCGGAAUGCAUCAGGAACAGUAACAAAGACCAGUAUCUCCGUAGAGUCUAGCAAAGCCAUUGACAAGCACUACUCUGAUGCUGUUGUGAACUUCCUGUUGCGAAUAGCGUGUCAGGUCAACGAGGCUUCCUCUGCAGCAGCAGGUCAGUCAGGAGAGCAGCUGUCACGUCGUUGCAUCAUGUUCCUGAAGACGGCUCUGAGGCCAGACGUCUGGCCGAAGUCAGAGUUGAAAUUGAAUUUUAUGGAAAAACUCUUCCUCUCAGUGGAACAGAGCACUUCAGUGAAUUAUGGGAAUGUUUGUGCUGGCCUUGAAAUCCUCAGCUUUCUCUUGAGUGUCAUGAAAAAGCCAAUGAUUUUAUCAAGUUUUAAGCCACUGCAAAGAGGUAUUGCUGCAUGUUUGACCUGCUCAAAUUCAAAGGUCAUACGUGCAGUUCACACUCUACUUACAAAGCUUAUGAGUCUCUUCCCGACAGAAUCAAGCACAUCAACGGUAGCUUCUAAACACGAAGAGCUUGAAUGCUUGUAUGCCAGUGUUGGCAAAGUGAUCUAUGAAGGCCUCAAUAGCUAUGAGAAGGCUGCAACCGGCACUCCAACGUCUAGCCUCUUUGGCACUUUAAUGAUCCUGAAAGCCGCUUGUACGAACAACGUGAGCUACAUCGAUCGACUUAUAUCUGUUUUUAUGAGGGCACUCACCAAGAUGACGAGAGAACACCUCUCUCCAUCAGCAGCUGGGGAUGGCAUACCAGUUGCAUCAGAGCUGCUGGUGAUUAGUCUAGACCUUGUUAAGAACCGUGUGGGCGUAAUGAGUAACGACAUGAAACGUAACUUCAUUCAGAUAAUUUUGUCACAGCUCAUUGAAAAGUCCUCCGAACCUAAAGUACUGAAAACCAUUGUCAAAAUGGUAGAGGAUUGGAUUAAGAUUAAGACUCAAAUUAUGAUGAAUCAAUCGCCAGCAUUGAGGGACAAGUCAAUCCUUCUUGUGAAACUUAUGCAAUAUGUUGAGAGCCGGUUCCCUGAUGAGCUGGAACUACAUGCUCAGUUUCUUGACCUUGUCAACUUUGUUUACAGAGAUGAAAGUCUUGCAGCUAGUGAGCUUACAGCAAAACUUGAGCCAGCAUUCUUGUCGGGAUUGCGAUGUAAACAGCCUCACAUUCGUGCCAAGUUCUUCUCUGUGUUUAAUCACAGUAUUAAGAAGCGGCUGUUUGAUAGGUUGCUCUACAUUACAGCGUCACAGAAUUGGGAAUCUAUGCAAAGUCACUAUUGGCUGAAGAAAUGUAUAGAACUUAUUAUGGCAGUGACAGUGAGUGGUCUGUCCAUCACAACUGUUAACUCCUCCCAACUACCUGCAAUCACCUCUGUGAUUGGCUUAGCUGACUCGCAUGACAAAACGGCUUUCACACUUGCUCUACAAAUGAAAGAGGAACCGAUGGAUGUUGAAUCUGUAGAGGAUAUUGAUGUGGACGUUGAAUUGAAUCAACCUGAUGGCUCGUCGUUUAAGAAGUCAUCUGACAACAAGCAGACCUUAAGCCAGCUGAUUACUAGACAAAUGAAAUUCCUUGAGCAGCUCAGAGAAUUUAAGACUUUUAAUUUCCUGACGGCUCUUUCCAACUUAUGCCACAAUAGCACAAAUUUAAGUCAUUCUGUGUGGAUUGACAUGUUUCCAAAACUCUGGAAGAUUUUAAGUGAAAAACAACAAACACUUCUGUCUCAGGAGAUUGGACCCUUCCUCUGUAGUGGUAGUCACCAUCAUCAGAAGGACUGUAAUCCUAGUACUAUCAACACCAUGUUGGAAGCUGUCGCUCAGUGUGUUCCAACAAUUUCCAUCAGGCCAUGUGUUCUAAAGUAUUUGUCCAAAACACAUAAUCUCUGGCAUCGGUCUGUGCUCAUCCUUGAACAACAGGCCAUUGAGAGUGGAUUCAACAUGCAGCAUAAACCACGCAACAUUAACGUAGGAAGCGUCUAUGAUUUCUUUGAGCCUGACAACACAGCUAGUCUUCAGCAGGAAACACUUGAUUCGCUUGCUGGGAUUUAUGAACUGUUAGAAGAGGAAGAUAUGUGGGCAGGGCUGUGGCAGAAGCGGUGCAAGUUCCCGGACACAGCAACAGGAAUAGCGUAUGAGCAGCAAGGGUUUUAUGAACAAGCACAGCAGGCCUAUGAAUCUGCAAUGAUGAAAGCUCGUUCUGAUCAUAAUUCUGGAUCACAGUCACCAUCCGUUUUCCCGGAGUAUCGUCUGUGGGAAGAGCACUGGAUAAAGUGUUCAAAGGAAUUGGGCCAAUGGGACCUUUUGAUGGACUAUGGCAACUCCAAAGUACAGUCGAACCCACACCUUGUGCUUGAGAGUGCAUGGAGAGUACCCAACUGGGGUGCCAUGAAAGAGUCAUUAGCCAAGGUUGAGUUAAGCUGCCCACGUGAAAUGAAUUGGAAAGUGAAUUUGUAUCGAGGAUACAUCGCCAUUUGCCAUCCUGAUGAGAGGAAUCUGAACCUUAUUGAACGCCUAGUUGAGAUGUCAAGCAGUCAGGCUAUAAAGGAAUGGCGUCGCCUGCCAAGCUACGUCACCCAGGCUCACACACCCAUUUUGCAGGCAGCGCACAGGAUCAUGGAGCUUCAAGAGGCAGCUCAGAUCCAUCAAGGCCUGCAGCCUAGUAACAUUGGACGUAACCAAAGCAUCCAUGAUAUGAAAGCUAUUGUGAAAACAUGGAGGAAUCGUCUACCAAUGGUGUCAGACGACCUGUCUCACUGGAGUGACAUCUUUAUGUGGAGACAACAUCACUACCAGGCCAUUGUGUCAGCGUAUGAUAACCAAGCCACUAGUGACCCUCAACAUUCAAGCCAUGCAAUGCUUGGUGUGCAUGCAUCAGCCCAAUCUAUUAUCAACUAUGGAAAGGUUGCCAGGAAACACUCACUUAUUGGUCCAGCUCUGGAUUCUCUUAGCAGAAUUCACACUAUUCCGAGUGUGCCAAUAAUAGACUGCUUCCAGAAGAUUCGGCAACAAGUGAAAUGCUACCUGCAGAUGGCAGGAACUAUGGGUAAACAAGAGCUGCAGGAGGGACUGGAGGUGAUUGAAUCUACAAAUCUGAAAUACUUCAACAAAGAAAUGACAGCAGAGUUCUACGCACUCAAGGGCAUGUUCUUAGCUCAAGUUGGCAGGUCGGAUGAGGCAAACAAAGCUUUCUCGGCUGCAGUCCAAAUGCAUGACACGUUAGUAAAAGCUUGGGCACUCUGGGGUGAUUACCUCGAACAAAUCUUCACAAAAGAAAAGCAAAUCAAUGUGGGUGUGUCGGCUAUUGUGUGCUUUUUACACGCGUGCAGACAUCAGAAUGAGAGCAAAUCACGCAAAUACCUUGCAAAGGUGCUUUGGCUUCUUACAUUUGAUGACGAAAAGAACAACCUUCCCUUAGCUGACGCUGUUGACAAGUAUGCAGUAGGAAUACCUGCUUUUCAAUGGCUGCCAUGGAUACCACAGCUCUUGACGUGUUUAGUUGGCUGUGAAGGCAAGAUUAUUCUGAACUUGCUGGUUCAGGUGGGCAGGGUGUACCCGCAGGCUGUUUAUUUCCCAAUCAGAACAUUGUACCUUACAUUGAAGAUAGAGCAGAGAGAGCGAUAUAAAAGUGGUGAGCUUUUGCUAUUAAAGGCUAAAGCAGCCAGCAAUGAUGGUGCAGCUACAUCAACUGAUGGCACCUCCUCCAAACCACCUGCCACCAUUGUGAAGACAGAACCGAACACAAAUGCAACAAAAGAUGUUGCCCAGCCCACCACUAAAUCAGCAGCAGAAGCUAAAACCACCACUGCUAGCAACAGUUCAUCCACUACUGGUAGCACAACAGCAGCACCUUCAGCAUCAGCAAGCUCAUCUAGCCAGGGUCCAAUACGUGCCACUGCCCCUAUGUGGCGCUGUAGCAAGAUCAUGCAGAUACAGAGAGACCUCCAUCCGACGCUGCUAUCCUCUCUUGAGGGAAUUGUAGAUCAGAUGGUUUGGUUCCGAGAAACAUGGUAUGAAGAAGUUUUACGCCAGUUGAAACAAGCAUUGGCUAAGUGUCAGGCAGUUGCAUUUGAGAACAGGGGAGCAGUUGCUGAGGCAAAAGUAACACCUCAUAUGCUCAGUUUUGUCAAGAAAUUAGUCAGUACUUUUGGCGUUGGAAUCGAGAAUGUGUCCAGUGUAGCAACCACUUUCUCCAGUGCUGCGUCAGAAUCUUUGGCACGUCGUGUCCAGGCCACUUCGCAGGAUCCAAUCUUCCAGCGACUGAAGAACCAGUUUACUCUGGAUUUUGACUUCUCUGUACCUGGGUCAACAAAACUCCACAACCUGAUACAUAAGCUGAAAAAAUGGAUUAAAACUCUAGAAGUCAAGUGCAAACUUCUACCAAAGUCAUUUCUCAUCGAAGAAAAAUGUCGCUUUUUAAGUAACUUCUCAUCAAGCACUGCUGAUGUGGACCUCCCCGGAGAGUUCCUGGUACCAAAACACAAUCAUUACUAUAUACGCAUUGCACGUUUCAUGCCAACUGUUCAGAUCGUCCAGAAACAUAAUACGUCAGCAAGAAGACUAUACAUACGAGGCAGCAAUGGAAAGAUUUACCCGUACUUAGUUGUUAACAAUGCGUGUCUUGGUGAGUCCCGCCGAGAGGAGCGUGUACUUCAGCUACUUCGCAUGUUGAAUCAUUUUCUAGCAAAGAGGAAGGCAACAGCUAAAAGGCAACUUCAAUUUACUGUCCCGCGAGUGGUUGCUGUGUCACCACAGAUGAGGCUAGUACAAGACAGUCCCACUUCCCUUUCAUUACUGGACAUCUACAAACAGAGAUGUAGCAAGCUGGAUGAGUACGAUACCCCGAUACUGCGAUAUUACGACAGGCUUCAGAUGGUACAGGCUAGAGGCUCGCAAGCUAGUCAUCAAGUGCUUCGUGACAUCCUGAAGGAAGUGCAAACCAACAUGGUCCCCAGGGGAAUGUUAAAGGAGUGGGCUGUCAGAACGUACCCUAAUGCAACCGACUAUUUUGCAUUUCGAAAGAUGUUCACUGGUCAGCUAGCUCUGUUGGGAUUGGCCGAAUUUGUUCUGCAUUUGACCCGGUUAAACCCCGACAUACUUCAAGUAGAGCAAGAUACCGGCCAACUGUCAGUCUUCUACUUCAGAUUCGAUAUAGAUGACACAACAGGUGAACUAGAUGCUAAUAGACCUGUGCCAUUUCGGCUGACACCAAACAUAGCUGAAUUCUUGACGUCGGUUGGAAUAAACGGCUUACUCUCUGCAUCAAUGAUAUCAAUUGCACGUUGUCUAGUACAGCCCAACUUCCAAUUGGUUGCACUGUUGCGUGCAAUACUGCGAGAUGAAAUGAUCGCUUGGGAUAAAAAGAAGCAAGAUGAUGCUUUGCCGGCAGGUUCCCAACCGAUGAACAUGAAAGGGGAAUUGCUGAAUUCAACUGUUAUGAGAGCAGUUAAUAUAAUCAUGACCAGGCUGCAAAACCUUGCUCAAUUUGAAGGAGGAGAGAGCAAAAUAAGCACGUUAGUAGCAGCCGCAAACAGUCCUGACAACCUAUGUAGGAUGGAUCCAGCCUGGCACCCAUGGCUUUAAGUAAGAGAGAGAUUAGCUCUAUAGUAACAUCAGCAAAUUACUCCCAACAACCUGAUGCAGAAAGGAAUCUAGCCUGGCACCCAUGGCUUUAAGUAAGAGAGAGAUUAGCUCUAUAGUAACAUCAGCAAAUUACUCCGACAACCUGAUGCAGAAAGGAAUCCAGCCUGGCAUUUAUGAGUUUAAGCAAGAGAGAGAUUAGCUCUAGAGAGAGAUUAGCUCUAUAGUAACAUCAGCAAAUUACUCCGACAACCUGAUGCAGAAUGGAUCCUGCCAGGCACCCAUGGGUUUAAGCGAGAGGAAAAGAUUAGCUCCUUAGUUGCAGUACCAAAUUAACCAGACAACCUAUUGCAGAAUGGAUCCAGUCUGGCACCUACAAGUUUAAACAAGAAAGAAAUAUCAGCUCCUUAGUUGCAGCAGCAGAUUAACCAGACAACCUAUGCAGAAUAAAUCCAGCCUGGCACCCCUGGUCUUUACCGGGAAAAAGAUUACUGUGGAGUUAAAUGUGUACGGAUACAUGAUAAGAUAUCCAUAGAUUUUUAUAACAUAUCUGCUUUCAAUGUACCUGAUUAACAAAUCUAUGGUUGGCCCAAAAACUUUAGAAUAUAUUUUACUGUUUGCAUAACAUGUGGUCAUCUAUUGAAGCAUCCAAUUUGGAUUAGCUGCUUAUUCUUAUUUAUUAUAACACUGUUUAAAAAAAAGAAAUUCAACAGUAUUCUAUUUAUAUUUGAUCUGGCCUAAUUUAUUUUUUAUAUGUGACUUGUUUAACACAAUAAACUUUAAUAGAAGCAGCAUUUUUCAACGUCCAUUAGUACUGAUUGUGCUUGAGUUCAGUUUGCGGUGCUAUUUAUUCUGACAAUAAAUGGUUGUUUAAUAAAUUUAACUAUUUUUGUAAAAAUCAUGUUCAAAAACCUGUGUUCACAAUUAGUUUGAAUAAAAUGUACAUUAAAUAUGUGGAUGAUGACACAUUUUAAGACAUAUUAAUGCAUCGGUACUUGAAGAAUUUAGCUCUUUGUUUUCAUAAUAAUCUCAUAUGAAUACAUCUGAAUUUCUAUGUUUUCAUUUGUAUAUCCUACAAUGGGGUUUCCCCUUUAAUAAGGAUGUUUACUGCGUGACUAAAUGGUACUUGAAGCUUCUAAGCCCAUAAUAGUUUAGUCGUGAUAUUGUGAUUGGUAAUUAAUUAGCUUUAAUCAUAUUCCACGUAGCAUGACUAAGGCAGUUUCUUAGCAAACUAGCGAUAGAUUCAACAUUGCCUGUGAUUACAUUUUUGUACAAAUUCAAGUUGGAUGUCUCAAUUGCCAAUUUCACUUUUUUCCAUAUGCUCUUAAUCGUUGAUAAUAUAAUGAUGUAUUUUUUAGUUGAUUAGAUAAUUAAUUAGCUUUAAUCAUAUUCCACACAGCAUGACUAAGGCAGUUUCUUAGCAAACUAGCGAUAGUUUCAACAUUGCCUGUGAUUACAUUUUUGUACAAAUUCAAGUUGGAUGUCUCAAUUGCCAAUUUCACUUUUUUCCAUAUGCUCUUAAUCGUUGAUAAUAUAAUGAUGUAUUUUUUAGAUGAUUAGAUAAUUAAUUAGCUUUAAUCAUAUUCCACGCUGCAUGACUAAGGCAGUUUCUUAGCAAACUUGCAAUAGUUUCAACAUUGUCUGUCAUUACCUUUUUGUAGAAAUACAAGUUGGAUGUCUCAAUUGCCAAUUUCACUUUUUUCCAUAUGCUCUUAAACAUUAAUAUAAUUAUGUAGUUUUUAGUUGAUUAGGUAAUUAAUUAGCCUUAAUCAUAUUCCACACCGCAUGACUAAGGUAGUUUCAUAGCAAACUUGCAGUAGUUUCAACAUUGUCUGUGAUUACCUUUUUGUACAAAUACGAGUUGCAUUUCUCAAUGCCAAUUUCACUUUUUUUUCCUAUGUGCUCUUAAUCAUUGUUAAUAUAAUGAUGUAUUUUUUAGAUGAUAGCUUAUGUGGUCCUUUCAAAUGAGCAAUUUAAAUUUGUAUUUCAAUUUUUUAUGUUUGUUUGUCCUUGAUUUGUGGGAGACAGUAUAUAUUUAAAGAAAUCUUAGCCCACUAUUUCCGGUACACCUACAUUCCAUGUACUUUGCCUUUAUUUUUCUGUGUUUUUUUAAAUCUUCUGUUUAAGGUCAAUCAUAAUAUGUUAAGAAAAAUAUCUAAACUUUUUUGCCUAGGGGCAAGAAUGAAAGUUAACAAAUACAGCAUGACAGAAUAGCAUUGAAGUAUCUGCAACAAACAUGAAUAUUUGUUUUAGAGCUAGUGAUAUUAGUCGAGGAUAUCUUUAAGUAAACACACAAAGUAUUGUACAGUAUUUAGAUUUAUUUUGCUCCUGAUUUUAAUGCGCUAGCUGUCGGUUGCGGUAACCGAUCCAAAGUUAUCGUACAUAUUUUGUCUUAGCAACUGUACCUAAAGGUCACUUAAUAUUAAGCCAUUUGCUUCUGUCUGUUUCUUCAUAAUUUCAUUACUCCUCUGGUGAGAUAAUAUGCUGCAGUAUCAGUGGCUUUGGUUUCAAGAUCCGCAUCUCUUUCAAAAUUAUGACAUGUAUUCGAAGACUCGGUGUCUGUUUGGUAUUUCUUACCUCCAGUGGGAAUUGACAUCAACUUCAUCUUCCUAGUAACUAACAAACUAACCGUUUAUCCUAGUGAAUUGUAUAUGUUAUUAUCAGUCCUUAUAGUGAUUAUAUAAUUAAAAAUAAUUGUUUUUGAAUUUUUGUUUCUAUGAUUAAUUGAUUCCAGUGAGUUUAAUUGUUUUUAUAUUCGUAAACUUUUGAAUCAGAGGUAUAGAGACAAGUUGUAAAGGUGAAUUUUAUCAAAAGACUUGUGGUCCUCAUCAUUAUUUUAGUACAGUAAUAAUGUCAAUUUUUUUUUUUUAUAUUAGACUUUAAAUAAUGAUAAAUUUUUUUUUGUUUUUUUUUCUAAGUCUACUUUUUUUUUGUGAAUAUGUUGUUCAUUACUACUUUUCUAAUGCUUUUACGUCGCACAAUUAGUGGGAUGGUUUCCUGUGUGAGUUUAAGAUGAUAGAGUAAUAUUAAAGUGUAAUGGUAAUGGGGACCUGUCAGACAUUGUAUUGAUCUCAGCAAAAGGGAUUUGUGAUUGAUCUCUCCCGUCGGAAGCGAACAACUUUUCUGUUCACAUAAUUCUACGCCAAAUAUGCACACAACCCAGGAAAUGAGAACUUUGUCUGAUAUAUUGUACAUUUUAUUAGGAACAUUAAAAUGUAAAAAAAAAACAGUUUGGUUUAUGCAUUCUCAUGAUUUUAAUAAAAGAUAAUGCACAAAA